CCCUCUCCCGUUCCAUCCCGUCCCGUACCGGCUUUGCUCGCCUCCCUUGCCGCACCACCGCCCACCGGCCUCUAUCUUCCCCUCUUCUCCGGCGAAUAUUCCCCGCGCCCGCGUGCCCACUGCCCUCGCUCGCCUUCCUACCUACGGCAACCGCAGCGCCCGUCGAACACAUCGCUCAAUUAACCCGGAAAACCACGCCCUCCCGAAGAGGAGAAGGCACCCGCGGCGCUUCCCCGUGCCGGCGAUGCUGCGACGCGUCCUCCUCCGCCGUUUCCACCACCACCGCCACCGAGUCCGCCUGCUCUCCACCACCCCGGCUCCGCCCGCCUCCCCCGCGCCCUCCACCCCCUCCACCUCCUCCGCGCUCCCGAUCGCCGCCACGCCGCCCCAGCAGCACCACCUCGCGCCCCGCCGAGGGGCCGGGCGCCGCCUGGCGCCGCUCCUCGCCUUCUCCACGCUCUCCCUCGCCGCCGCGGGCACUGUCUACCUCACCACCGACAACCUCGAGGAGACGCUGCACAGGUCCAGGGAUUCGGCGGGCCGCGUCGUGGAGCGGAUGCAGCACACGUUGACGGCCGCGGGAGUGCUCUGGAAGUCGCUCCUGUCCGUGCUCUCGUCGGCCAACCAGGAGGUGCGGUCCGGGUUCGAGCUGCGGGUGGCCGCGCUGCUCGCCGACAUCACAGCCGCCAGCGCCGCCCGGCGCGCCGCCAUUGUCUCCGCGGGGGGCGGCGCCGUCGUCGACUGGCUGCUCGACAGCGUCUUGCGGGGGGCCACGCAGGCCGAGGCUGCCAGGGCGCUCGCGCACCUGGUGGCUGACCCCUGGGUCGCGCCCGCCGUUCUCGGGCGCCCGCACGCCGUGCCCUGCCUCCUCCAGUUCAUCUUCUCGUAUCAGCCCACGCGCGGCAAGAAGAAAUCUUCAUUUGAUGGUUCAGAGCAUUCUAGAGGGAGGAGCAUGCUUGUGGCUGCACUUAUGGAUAUCAUCACUUCGAACUGCGAUAAUGCAGACUACUCGUCGUUUCAGCCUUUGCUGCCUGCAGAUGCCGACACAAGAGAUAUUGCAGCAGUAAUUGAAGUAAUUGAGCAAGGAGGGAUGCAUUUUGAUGACCACGAGGAUAACAGCAGCAAUGAUGGUGAUAGAGGGUUAAAAGGGAUAGGGAUUAAAGUGCUUGGUGGAACUACUAUAUUGGGAUUCUCUAGAGGAAAUAAUUCCUUGGAGUUGGACAACUCAGAUGUUGGUAUGCUGGAAGUCUCGCAUAACAGUAGAAGAUUAGUGGUGCAACAGACUGCUAUUGAGUCUGCACUAGCUGAGAAAUUAAGUGCGUCUGCUGUCCCAGGCCUCUGGGAUGACUUGCAGAGGGAGCAUGUAGCUGUACCUUUUGCUACAUGGGCUCUUGCAAACUGGGCUAUAGCAUCAGAUCUGAAUCGCACUCGUAUUCAAGAACUUGAUAGUGACGGGCAUGCAGUUGCAACUGCGUUGAAAGCAUCUGAAAGAACUGUCAAGUGGCAUGGAGCUCUUGUGGCUCGAGCUCUUUUAGAAGACCAAAAUUUGGCCUUGGCUCCAUCAGUUCCUGACUGGUGCUCUAGUCUUCUUUCUACAGCUUCUCAAGCUACUGAGAACAAUGACAUGCCAUUGGGUCAGCUGUCAUUAUCAACUUUCCUACUGUCCAUGACGCGGUGUAAUGACUCAAAAUUUGUGAUAAGGCAGAGGGGCCUUCAUCCACUUCGUAGUAUUGCAAAAAAGAUAGAAAAUCAGAAUGGCCAGAGCAGUAUGAAAGAAUCAAUAGCAAGCGCACUGAGUUUGCUUUAUGCUGGUGAAGUUCCUUUAUCACUUGAGGAAUCUCAAAGAUGGUCUGGCAUUCUUCUUAGGUGGAUUUUUGAUAAAUCUGUAUCAGAUAAAACACAACUUACAGCUGUAAAAAUCCUUUCAUGCAUACUUGAAGACUAUGGUCCAGCUUCUGUGCCAAUUUCUCAGGGAUGGUUAGCUCUUGUCCUUUCUGAGAUUCUUGGCGACAACAAGGCCCAAAAUUCAAAAGGAACCGCACAGCCUGAACCAGAGAGGGUGAAGAAUCCGGUAGAUUACCAUAAUGCUUCCACUGCAACUCAGGUCCUGAAUCAGUUAGGUAGCGCUGUUGUUAAAUUAGCAAGUGCUCAAUCAGGCUAUGAACCUGGGUCUGAUGACAAAGUACCACUUGCCGAUUUUCUAUCUCUUGAACCAUUUGCUACAGCUCUAAAGAAUUUGAACAAAAAGAAUCCACCCAAAUUUGAUGCUGCUGACUCAGCAUCAGCUACACUCAAGGGAAUAAAAGCUCUAGCUGAGCUUUGUUCUGAGGAUGGUGCAUGCCAAAAGAGAAUAGCUGGUUUAGGAACUCUUUCCUUGUUGAGGCAUAUCCUCCUGGGUGAUGAUUAUGAAAAACUUGCUGCAAUUGAAGCAUAUGAUGCAUCGCGUAUUCGAGAAGUGCAGGACAAGAAUGUUUCUGCUUCCAAUGUUUCCUCUACUGAUGCUACCACUGAUCCCUCAAGUGUACGGGUUGCUCCUGCCGCUCAUAUCCGAAGGCAUGCUGGACGGCUGCUGACUAUUCUAUCUCUUCUACCCAAUUCAAAGAAGGAAAUUAUUUCAGAUGAUGUAUGGUGCAAGUGGCUCGAGGAUUGUGCUAGUGGGAGAAUUCCCUGCAAUGAUAUAAAGCUAAAAAGUUAUUGCAGGUUAACAUUAUUGAAUAUACUCUGCUCUGAGAGUCCAAAUACUAGAAGAGGCUCGGAUGAAUAUCCUGAUUCAGAAAGCGAGUAUAGAAGAAACUGUCCUCAGUUUGGAGAUGCACUAUUCUUGCUAAAUCCAGAGUUACCUCUUGAGGUUCAUUUGGACAAUAGUGGUUUUAGGAUUUCAACAGUUCCAAGAGAUAAUUGUAAGGAUGAUGAAGGUAUUGAAGGCUCUAGUGAAACUGGGAGCUCUGUAGAUGGUACGGAGGCUUCAUCCAAAGAUGCCCCUUUGAUGGAUGUUGUGUUUGUCCAUGGCCUGCGUGGUGGCCCAUUCAACUCAUGGCGAAUAGCCGAUGACAAAUCAUCAACUACCAAAGCUGGUUUGGUAGAAAGCAUUGACGAGGAUGCUGGGAAAGAGGGUACAUGUUGGCCAAGAGAAUGGCUCGCAGCGGAUUUUCCUCAAGCACGUUUUUUUACAGUCAAAUACAAGACAAAUUUGACCCAGUGGACUGGAGCCAGCUUGCCCCUUCAGGAGGUGAGCUCUAUGCUGCUGAGGAAAAUGGUGGCUGCUGGGAUAGGUAGUCGGCCUGUUAUUUUUGUGACGCACAGCAUGGGAGGACUGGUGGUUAAGCAGCUGUUGUAUCAAGCAAAGCUGAAUAACUAUGACAAUUUCCUCAAUAAUACUGUUGGGCUAGUUUUCUAUAGCUGUCCACAUUUUGGCAGUAAACUUGCAGACAUGCCAUGGCGUAUGGGGUUGGUGUUUCGUCCAGCUCCUUCGAUCGGGGAAUUAAGAAGUGGAUCUCCAAGACUAGUUGAAUUAAAUGAUUUUGUGCGGCAGCGCCAUAACAAAGGACUUCUCGAUGUCCUUAGCUUUAGUGAGACCCAGGUCACACCGAUUGUUGAAGGCUAUGGUGGUUGGGCACUUCGGAUGGAGAUAGUGCCAAUUGAGUCCGCAUACCCUGGUUUUGGGGAACUCGUUGUUCUACCGUCCACUGAUCAUAUAAAUUCAUGCAAGCCAGUGAACAAGAACGAUCCUUCUUAUGCAGAAACCUUGGCAUUUCUGGAGAAGAACUUCAAAUUGCGUCUCAAAAGAGCAGAAUCCUAGGUUUCGUUUCCCCGGAAGCGUGUUGUGGAAUUUUUGGGCACCGUCGGAGGCUUCAUUUUCCCUUUUCCUCUGGAGACGCUUAAUGGUGGUUGAUCUGACGUAGCGAUUUGGGCGUGCUGUGUUUUAUGAAGCUCGCACCCAACUGUGCAGUAUACUUUUGCACAUAGUGGAUAGACUGUAAAUAGCUGUCUUUACCUUUGAUAUAGUUGCCCCACAUGUAAGAUAAGUCAUAGUGCUCCAAUACCUGUAUUAUGUUAUAACUGCUUUUUGCCCCUCCCUUCAAAAUUCAAAGAUACAUACACGUUCCUAGUUACCAAA